AGAUCUAGCGCAUGCGCACAUCGAAAAAGAAUGCGGACUUCGCAGCUCUCCCAAUAUUAAAUAGUUUGAUGGCCAUAGUUUGAUAAAUCAUGUCGAAAGCACCAUCUCUGCCCGGUUCUUCGGGUGCUGCGGCCAGCCUGGGACCUUCAUCGUCCUCCUCUUGCUCGUCUCCCUCGGCAGGUGGCACGACUUCCCCCGCUAACGUGCUGCACGCACAGCCCGAGAAGCCCCAGCACUACACGUAUCUGAAGGAGUUUCGGACAGAACAGUGUCCUCUUUUUGUUCAGCACAAGUGUACUCAGCACAGGCCUUUCACCUGCUUUCACUGGCACUUCCUGAACCAGAGACGACGGAGGCCGAUUCGCAGACGAGAUGGAACCUUUAAUUACAGCCCUGACGUGUACUGCGUUAAAUACGAUGAGGGCACGGGGACAUGUCCUGAUGGGGAUGAGUGUCCAUUUCUACACAGAACAGCUGGAGACACAGAGAGGCGGUAUCACCUGCGCUACUAUAAGACCGGCUCCUGUAUCCACGAGACUGAUGGAAAGGGGCACUGCAGUAAAAACGGCCCUCACUGUGCCUUUGCUCAUGGGUCACAUGACCUCAGAAGCCCUGUAUAUGACAUCAGAGAGGUCCAGGUAUUAGAAGCCCAGGCCACUACUGGGUUGACCGAGGGCUCGUCUGGAGAAGGCCAGUCUGGAGUUGUGGCCAGCACUGCACUCAUAGAAAAGAUCCUGAGUGAAGAUCCACGCUGGCAAGAUAACAGUUUUGUGCUCUCUCACUAUAAGACUGAGCUUUGCAAAAAACCUCCUCGCCUGUGCCGUCAGGGCUACGCAUGUCCCUACUAUCACAACAGCAAAGACCGCAGACGGAGCCCUCACAAGCACAAAUACAG